UAGUAUGUCGAGAAAGAAAACGAGGAAGUUGCCAUUGCGUUUGUUUUGGUUCUUAUUUUAGAGGAGAUAUUAGGGCAUUAAUAGCAUUUAAACAAGUAACAAUAGCUUAAACCAGUCCACAAAAACUAUUUUCUGAUUCUAUUUUUGCGAAACAAGGCCUCCGGUUGUUUGUCUGAACUUCGUUUUGGAACCGUGAGGAUAACGAUUCUGCCUCUUUCUACCGCUUCUCCACACUGAGCCCAAGACUAUACAGACUGGGUCCUGACUGACAAAGUUCACUUGGCACCGCAGGAGAAAUGGCAUCAGUGAAAGACAGCAGUCAAACACUCCUGCUGAAUAUCAUCACGAAAGAUGAAGAGGAGGAAGUGAAGAUUUGGGAAUAUGAUGAUUACCCAGGAGAGAGUCCAGAGAUGGCAUCGGUGGAGCCGUCAGACAGCAGUCUGAAUGUCAUCAUAAAAGAAGAAGAGGAGGAGGAAGACAUUGGGGAAUCAGUUGAUGAUGGAGAAACCUCUAACUCCUCUGAGAAAGUUGAGACAUUUCCUGCAUCAGGGAAGCAACAUCAGGAGGGUAGCAAAGCUAAGGGGUCUCACCACUGCCCGCACUGUGAGGAGAGUUUCCCAUUCCCAUCAUAUCUUGAAAGACACCUGCGAAAACAUUCUGGAGAGAAGCCUUAUGCCUGCUCUGUCUGUGGGAAGCGCUUUCCUGCAUCACAUCAUCUAACAGUUCAUCAUCGAGUGCACACAGGAGAGAAGCCUUACCACUGCUCUGACUGUGGGAUGAGUUUCUCUCAACUGAGUGGCUUGAAAGGUCACCAACGAACACACACUGGAGAGAAGCCUCACCACUGCUCUACAUGCAGCAAAAGUUUCUCCUAUCUGCGAGACUUGCAACGUCAUCAGCUGAUUCACACAGGACAAAAGCCUUACUCCUGCUCUGACUGUGGGAAGGGUUUCACCUCACCAAGCCAUCUAACCGUUCAUAAGAGAGUGCACACCGGUGAAAAGCCUUAUAAUUGUUCUGAAUGUGGAGAGAGUUUCUCUUAUGUGGGUAGCUUCAAACAUCACCAGAGAAGACAUACAGGAGAGAAGCCAUACACCUGUCCUGACUGUGAGAAGCGCUUCACCUCAUCGAAUCAGCUAAAGGUUCACCAGAGGGUGCACACGGGAGAGAAACCUUUCUGCUGCUCUGAAUGUGGGGACUUUUUCUCUCAACAAAGCAACUUGAAAGCACACCAGCGAACACACAGGAGAGAAGCCUUACCACUGCUCUCACUGUAGAGACCGUUGUUCUCGUCAUACUAACUUCAGUCAGACAUCACCAGUAGGGAAGCUUUACAUAUGACUGAUGCACAUUUUUUCAACAUUCAAAUCAUUGUUUAAAUGGAUCAGUGGGCACAAAGAGAAGCCUUAUCUGUAAUGCUAGACCUGCAGAGAUAAGUCACCCCAAAAUGGCAUUCAUAGAAGAAGUGGGGGACAUUCUAAAAUGCUUGUGGUGAUCUCCAAUGGCUUAACCUGACUUAAGGACAUUAAAUCAAAAUGGCAGAAUUAGAGAGAAAAAAUCCAGGGGUAACUGAGUAAUGUUGCUAAAGGUAUGUAAAAGGGCAAGAGUAAAAUAAUACAUUAAAGUAUUGAUACAUAUUUGAAUUAUAUGUAAUAAAGAUGCUAUAUGGAACUCUAUAAAGUUUGCUAAAUUCUGUAAUAAUUUGAUAUGCCUAUUUUUUCGUUAUGUAGGCCUAACUGUAUUGGCUAUGAGUUAUACUGAUAAUAAAGUC